ACAAUUACUUCGUACCUUGAUCAAGCAAAGCAAAACCUUUGUUCUUCCUUGCUCAUUUCCGAUCUCUUUCCGCUCUCCAGGUGGAGAGAGAGAGAGGAGAGAGAAACACAUAGAGUUGGAGAAAACCUCGGGAGCAGCCACCCUCAAGCCCAAAUACUCUCUCUAUAUCUUUCUCAUCUCUUUGUUCUCUUCUCUCCCGUUAUUUUUCAAGCUCUCUCCGGUCAUUUUAAGCAGAAGCAAUCUACAUACCUGUCACCAUGAUGUCUCUCAGCAGAACCAGUUUUUUGAACAACUUGGGGGUUUCGGAGCUGUACAACCCUGUUUCUUCAAAGCAGAGAAGGUAUGCAGCUUCUCUUAAAGUGGUUGCCACGGCCGGCCGAGCGGGUGAUCGAAACGGAACCGUUGUGAUGGAAAGUGUAGCGAAGGAAACGAGGGAAGCCUUGACUGUGGUUGAGGAGGAGCAAAAAUCAGCUGUUGGCGGUGGGGUCGAAGACGUGUACGGUGCAGAUUCCGGCACCGAGGAUCAAUACAUCACCCCAUGGAGCGUCUCAGUUGCUAGUGGAAAAACUUUGCUGCGUGAUCCACAUCACAACAAAGGGCUUGCUUUCAAUGAUAAAGAGAGAGAUGCUCACUACUUACGUGGUCUUCUUCCCCCAGCAAUUGCUUCACAGAAUCUUCAGGUGAAGAAAAUGAUGCACAACAUUCGUCAAUAUCAAUUGCCACUCCACAAGUAUAUGGCCAUGAUGGAUCUUCAGGAGAGGAAUCAAAAGUUGUUUUACAAAGUAUUAAUUGAAAACGUUGAGGAGUUGCUCCCAGUUGUCUAUACUCCAACUGUUGGUGAAGCUUGUCAGAAAUAUGGAAGCAUUUAUAUGCGUCCUCAGGGUCUUUACAUUAGUUUGAAAGAGAAGGGAAAGAUUCUUGAAGUAUUGAGGAACUGGCCUGAGAAGAAUAUUCAAGUUAUUGUUGUCACAGAUGGGGAGCGGAUUCUGGGGCUAGGGGAUCUUGGCUGUCAGGGAAUGGGGAUACCUGUUGGGAAACUCGCCUUGUAUACAGCACUCGGAGGAGUUAGGCCAUCAGCUUGCUUGCCUAUAACAAUUGACGUGGGUACAAACAAUGAGGAGCUGUUGAAUGAUGAGUUCUACAUAGGCCUCAGGCAAAAGAGAGCAACUGGACAGGAAUAUGCUGAGCUUAUGCACGAGUUCAUGACUGCUGUCAAGCAGCUCUAUGGGGAGAAAAUUCUUAUCCAGUUUGAAGAUUUUGCGAACCACAAUGCUUUUGAUCUUCUUUCAAAAUAUGGAACAACUCACCUUGUUUUUAAUGAUGAUAUUCAGGGAACAGCAUCAGUGGUCCUUGCAGGGCUUAUUGCAUCUCAGAAAGUAGUUAAAGGAGCCUUAUCUGACCACAAAUAUUUGUUCCUUGGUGCUGGAGAGGCAGGCACUGGCAUAGCAGAACUAAUAGCCCUUGAGAUCGCAAAGCAGACAAAUACCCCAGUGGAAGAAGCCCGCAAGAAGAUUUGGCUAGUGGACUCAAAGGGAUUGAUUGUCAGUUCUCGCAGAGAAUCACUUCAACAUUUCAAGAAGCCAUGGGCACAUGAACAUGAGCCGGUUAAAACACUUGUAGAUGCCAUUAAUGACAUCAAACCAACAGUGUUGAUUGGAACAUCUGGAGUUGGAAAACAAUUUACUAAGGAAGUGGUUGAGGCUAUGGCCACCAUCAAUGAGAAACCAAUUAUUUUCUCUCUAUCCAACCCGACCUCACAGUCUGAAUGUACAGCUGAGGAAGCCUAUAAUUGGAGUCAGGGCCGUGCCAUUUUUGCUAGUGGAAGCCCGUUCCCACCUGUUGAAUACGAGGGAAAGGUUUUCGUGCCGGGUCAGGCUAACAACGCAUACAUCUUUCCUGGAUUUGGCUUGGGUUUGUUAAUGUCUGGCACCGUCCGUGUGCACGACGAGAUGCUUCUGGCAGCUUCGGAGGCUUUGGCUGCGCAGGUAUCGCAGGAAAACUUUGACAAGGGAAUGCUAUACCCUCCGUUCGCAAACAUCAGAAAGAUUUCGGCUGAAAUUGCUGCCAAAGUAGCCGCUAAAGCAUAUGAACUGGGUCUGGCCACUCGUCUUCCCCAGCCUAAAGAUCUGGUCAAGUACGCCGAGAGCUGUAUGUACUGCCCUUCAUAUAGAAGUUACCGAUGAAUUAUCCUAGUAAUUUAACAUUUGUUGUAUUUGAAUCCACUAGGGUACUCCCCACAACCCACUAUUGGACUAAAUUAAAUCUUAAAUAAAAAAAAAUGUCAAUCUUAUACAUUUUUUAAGAAUAGUUCGACUUUUUGUAUAUUUCUUGUAUUACUUAUUCUCUCUUUAGAAAUCAGUCAUAUUAUUAUGGCCCCAUUAUAUCUAA